UCCCAUAAAAAUCUGGAGGGAGUAGUGUACUGUUACUAAAACAGACCAUCGAAUACCUCGCUCACUUGCUAGAUUUCCGGCGAGAUUGAGGUGGAGGAAGAGUUCUCUGGCGAAAUUGAAGUGGCAGUUGUAUCUUUGACGGUGGCUUUUGUAGUGUCCGCCAUUAAAGCAUUUACAGAGAGAGACGUGUACACUCCAUUGAAUUGAAGCGACUUCUGAGCUUUCUCUCCUCCAUUGAAGCAGCAUUUGAGAUCUAUUUCACGCUUUCUCGCUGUACUCCUUCUUCUCUCUCUCCUCCAUUGAAGCGUACUCGAAAUUCUCCAUUGAAGCGGCUUCUGAGCUUUCUCUCCUCCAUUGAAGCAGUCUCUAAGAUUUCCGGCGAGAUUGAGGUGGAUGAAGAGUUUUCCGGCGAAAUUGAAGUGGCGGCUGUAUCUUUGACAGUGGCUUUUGUAGUGUCCGUCAUUAAGCCAUUGAAUUGAAGCGACUUCUGAGCUUUCUCUCCUCCAUUGAAGCAGCAUUUAAGCGAUGGAGGCGGCACCGGAAGCGAAUGUCACAGUGACAAUGAGAGAGCAAGGGAUGGUGGAGUCUAAAGUCUUUAGCAUCUACCAACAUUUCAAAGAUCUCCCAAGGAGAGCUCAAACUGUCAUGAUGGAAAUUGCGAGCGAUAAGCACGCCGAGUAUCUCACCAAUGGCCUCAAAUGGCUUCCUGCUUCGUUCUGUGUUCUUGAUGCCAAUCGACCAUGGCUUUGCUAUUGGAUCCUUCAUUCACUUGCACUUUUGGGUGAAUCUUUUGAUGACAACUUGGAGCGUGAUGUUGAUUUCCUCAGUCAGUGCCAGGACCCACAUGGUGGAUAUGGUGGUGGACCAGGGCAGAUGCCUCAUCUGGCGACUACAUAUGCUUCUGUGAAUUCACUUAUCACACUGGGAGGGCACAGUGCAUUAUCAUCUAUUAACAGAGAUAGAUUGUAUGCGUUCUUGCAGCGAAUGAAGGACCCAAGUGGGUCGUUCAGAAUGCAUGAAAAAGGGGAAAUUGAUGUUAGAGCAUGCUACACUGCAAUUUCUGUUGCAAGUAUUUUGAACAUCUUGGAUCACGAAUUGGUGCAAAAUGUUGGGGAUUACAUUCUGAGUUGUCAGACAUAUGAAGGUGGCAUUGCUGGUGAGCCUGGUUCAGAAGCCCAUGGAGGGUAUACCUUUUGUGGAUUGGCAACAAUGGUUCUUAUCAACGAGGUUCAUCGAUUGGACUUGCCUGCUCUAGUUAAUUGGGUUGUAUGUCAAGGAGUUGAGGGUGGAUUUCAGGGGAGGACAAACAAAUUGGUGGAUGGUUGUUAUUCCUUUUGGCAGGGAGGUAUCUUUCCACUAAUUCAAAGGUUGCUGCAAAUUAUCGAGGAGCAGUUGGAUAUGAUGCGUUGUAGACAGCAUGAAAAGGGUUCUUCCAAAAGAUUUCUUAACUUACCUGAGGAGAUAUGUCAAAUGGAUAGUAGCCACAUUGGACAAAAAGGCCUACAAGAUGUUCCUGAUGUUGCUAACCUGUCUGAUAUCGGUUUUAAAUUUGUCAAACGUUCAGCCAAUAUUGGACCCCUCUUUCACAACUUCGCUCUGCAGCAAUAUAUAAUUCUUUGUUCUCAGAUUAUGGAUGGAGGAUUUAGAGACAAGCCUGGAAAGAGCAGAGACUUCUACCACACAUGUUAUUGUUUAAGUGGUCUUUCAGUGUGCCAGUAUAUCAGUUUGAAGGAUGCUGACUCUUUGCCUACGGCGCAAGAAGUGCUUGGUCCAUAUUCAAAUCUCUUAGAACCAAUACACCCUUUGUAUAAUGUAGUCCUUGACCGUUACUACAAUGUUCAUGAGUUCUUCUCACAAUUGUAGAGUAGCAGGUGAUAAUCUUCUGAAUAUUAGAAGCCAUUGAGAUAAGAGGAGUGAGGGACAGAGAAAGGUUUAUUGCAAA